GAAACAUUCCAAGGGUUGAUGAUUGCAGGGUUUUACUUUGAUUUUCUGUAACACGUCGGAGUCUUGGUGGGGAGAUGUCUAAUCAAAGGAAACCUCACUUCCUCCAGGGGUUUAAUCCUCGUACCAGCUCUCAGAAAUUGAAAAUCCCAUCUAAAUUUGCCAAAUAUAUGGAAGGCGUGACAUCUGGGAUGACAGCUUUGGUAGGUCCCAGUGGGAACAAAUGGCAUGUGGGAUUAAGUCAGCUUGAUGGUGACUUAUUCUUUCACGAUGGGUGGGAAGUAUUUGUUAAAGAUCACUGCUUGGAGUGUGGGGAUAAUUUGGUUUUCAGAUAUGAUGGCAAUUUUUGUUUCCAAGUGCAAGUUUUUGAUGAGGGUUUAUGUGAGAAAGAACUUGCAUUCAGUGCUGAUUGCAGUCAAGAUGUAACCAACUUUAACAAUCAUCAUGAAAUAAACAAACGAGAUAGGGAGGGCUUAAGCAUACCAGACUACAUUCCUGGAGGGUUCCCAAAGAGAAUGAGAAACAAUAGAAUUCAUUCUGAAUGCACAAGCAGUGGCCAGGAAAAUCUCAUUGGAAAGGAAGAAUGCCCAAGCGGAGAACUGGUUUGCUAUAAAGAAAUAGAGAUGGAUGGAAAUCCGUUGGAAAACUUAGUAACUGUUGCUGUGCCAUUUCAAGGGCCUCAGGACACAGAUGCAUCCUUUGGCUGUUGGGCACAUGACGAAGAUGUUUUGUUCUCCACACAAGAAGCAGACGCAGUUGCAAAGUCAUUCACAUCAUGCUUCCCUAACUUUACAAAAGCCAUGAAAGGGUUUAAUGUCAGUGGUUCAUACACCUUGAAUCUCCCUUAUCAUUUUGCAACAAAGCACCUACCCAAAUGCAAAGUGAAGAUUGUGCUUCGUAAUUUGAAAGGACAGAGUUGGAUUGUUAACUCCAUCCCUAGAUUCCCUACAACUCGAGUAGAAACAUCACACACUUUUUGUGGAGGGUGGUUGGGAUUUGUUCGUGACAAUAAUCUUGGUUUGGGAGAUAUUUGCAUUUUUGAACUUGUCCUCAAGUGUGAAUUUCGUGUCCGGAUUCUCAGGGUGGAAAAGGAAGGCACUGAAGGCUACACUAAUAACCCCAUCAAGUUUGUGGCAAAAGAAAAAGGAAAACCCAGUAUAUUAAAGAAAUAUAAGUCACAUUCGCAAGUGAGGGCCAGCAUUCGACAUUCAGUUCAGAAAGGGACCGGUUCUCAAGAUAAACUAUGUUCUUUCACUAAGGGUUGUAUGUCAUUGAAGUCAGCACCUGAAGAAAAAAUAGCUGCUAAAUCUUUCACCUCUAGCUUUCCACAUUUCUUGAGAGUCAUGAAGAAGUUCAAUGUUAGCGGCUCAUAUACCUUGAAAGUGCCAUCCCAGUUCUCAAAGGAGCACCUACCGAGUUGCCGAACAGAAAUUGUUCUCCAUAAUUUGAAAGGACAAAGAUGGAGUGUAAAUUCUAUCCCGACAACCAGGGUGCAAACACUGCAUACAUUCUGUGGAGGAUGGAUGGCCUUUGUUCGUGACAAUGACAUCCGGCUUGGUGAUAUCUGCAUCUUUGAGCUUGUUGGGAAGUGUGAAAUGCGGGUUCACAUAUGCACGAUUGGGAAAAAAGGUUUGGAUUACAGAAAUGUGGGAGCACUUGAAAGUGUGUACUGAUGGUGUUCCUGAAGGACUAAAUUGACAUUUCCCUAGCUGUUUUAGCUUGUAAAUGAAAUUUGUGUUUUAGGGAAUUUCAAGUUAUGCUCUUUUGUCCAUAUACUGUAUGCACAAACCAGUGAGCAGUGGUUUAUGAGUAAAUAGAUUAUGAAUCAUGUU